CCUUGCUCUCCUUUCUCGGGCAUUGGACUCGCAACCACCCGUGCGCAUUAGGACAGACGGCUACAGGCAGCACAUACAGAGGACAACGGAAGGCUCAACAGGCUCACUCAUACCCAACACCCAAUACCCCCUCACUCGCACAGUCUGCGUCUCCUCCUUUUUUUCUGACACAGCAACAAUGUCAAAACGGCAGAGGAACGACGAAGACGAAGAAGAGACUUUCACAGCCGACGACUCCUACGUCCCCUACGUCCCCGUCCGCGAGCGCCGAGCUGAAAAGUACCGCAAACUCGCCACAACCCUCCGCAAACCCCUCGACCGCGAGAAUGGCAACUCCUCCGCCUCCGACUCCGAGCCCGACGAGCCCAAAGCCGGUCCGCGCUCCAACGUCGCCCUGAUCGACCAAGCCGCCGAAUUACGAAAGCAGGAAAAACCAAAGACGGAGUUGCAGAAGGAGUUGGAACUGGAGAAGGAGAUCCUGACUGCCCAAACGACAAAGAAGGCGCUGUUCUCGGCCCAGGAACUCGCGCAGGAUGUGCAUUACACGGAACCGCUGAAGACCUCCUGGACGCCGCCGAAACAUAUCCGGGAGUUGAGCGAGGGGCAACUAAACGACGUGCGUAAAAAAUUCCACAUCAUCGUCGAAGGCGACGACGUCCCCCCACCCAUCAAAACCUUCCGCGAGAUGCGUCUCCCCCCACCCAUCCUCUCGCACCUCAAAGCAAAAGGGAUCGCCAAACCCACGCCCAUCCAAGUCCAAGGCCUACCAGCAGUCCUCUCCGGCCGCGACAUGAUCGGCAUCGCCUUCACCGGCUCCGGCAAAACCCUCGUCUUCACUCUUCCCCUCAUCCUCCGCGCCCUCGAAGCCGAAGUCAAACUGCCUCUCCUCCCAAACGAGGGACCUGUAGGCCUCAUCCUCUGCCCCUCCCGCGAACUCGCCCGCCAAACCUACGACGUCGCCCAGGGUAUGGCCGACGCACUCCUCGCGGGCGGAUACCCCCACAUCCGCGUCCUCCUCUGCAUGGGCGGCAUCUCCAUGGCGGAACAGGCCGACACCCUCCGUCGCGGCCCGCACGUCGUCGUCGCUACCCCCGGCCGCUUACAGGACAUGCUCGACAAAGGCAAACUCAACCUCGCGACCUGCAAAUACCUCUGCAUGGACGAAGCCGACCGGAUGAUCGACAUGGGCUUCGAGGACGAUGUCCGGAACAUCAUGGGUUACUACAAAGGCCAACGGCAGACGCUCCUCUUCUCCGCGACGAUGCCCAAGAAGAUCCAAAACUUUGCCCGCUCGGCGCUCGUCAAACCGGUCGUCGUCAACGUCGGCCGCGCCGGCGCCGCCAACCUCGACGUGAUCCAGGAGGUCGAGUACGUGAAGCAGGAGGCCAAGAUCGUGUACCUCCUCGAGUGCCUGCAGAAGACCUCGCCGCCCGUGCUUGUGUUUGCGGAGAACAAGAACGAUGUCGACGACAUCCACGAGUAUCUGCUGCUCAAGGGCGUGGACUGCGUCGCGAUCCAUGGCGGGAAGGACCAGGCGGAGAGGGAGUAUGCCGUGAAGGCGUUUAAGGACGGGAAGGCGGACGUGUUGGUUGCGACCGAUGUUGCGUCCAAGGGACUGGAUUUCGCUAUGAUCCAACACGUCAUCAAUUACGAUAUGCCGAAGGAGAUCGAGGAUUACGUCCACAGAAUCGGCAGAACAGGUCGCUCAGGCCGCACCGGCGUCGCAACAACCUUCAUCAACCGCAACUCAGCCGAAGAGAUCCUGCUGGAUCUCAAGUACCUCCUCAAGGAAGCCAAGCAGCGCGUGCCGCCGGUGCUGGAGGCGUUGGAGGAUCCGAAUGAGAAGUUUAGGGGAGGGGAGGGCGAGUUUGUGGAGGGGUUGGAUGUGGAUUGUACGUUCUGUGGAGGGUUGGGACACCGGAUCACGAAUUGCCCGAAGCUGGAGGCGCAGCGGAGACAGACGAUGUCGUCGCAUCGGAGUAUGCAUGCCGGGAGUGGGGCUGGGGAGUAUUAGGGGGAUGGGGAUGGGGGGGACUAUGCAUACACGCUACGAGCCCUACGAUGCUACGGCGUGCUUGUAUAUCUGUCUGUAUCUGUUCAUCUGUGCGAAUUUCAUGCGUAUCUUUUUUGGGAACUGUGGGAUUUCCUUCCUUCCGCGCGAUCGUGUUGACGCCGUUCUUCCUCUGUCCCUCUCAUCGGGUCUCUGGGCGAACCUGUAUGUUGCAACGUGGGUCGACAUCUGUUCCUGUCGUUCGGGUCUGGUCCCGCUUUAACCUCCUCCCCAUCCGCUCACAUCCCGAUUUCCCCCCCUUCCACAUCACCACUCCACCUCUUCACGCCUCUCUGUCUUUCCGUCC